AUGGUAAGGCCCCCUUCCCUUUCGCUAUCCUGCCCGUCUACACCUUCCUUGCGAUCCUCCCGCGCGCUGCAUUGAAGCACACGGCACGAGACCACGAUUGGGAUUCUGCAUAGCCAUAUCCAUCUUCCCCUAGCGAUCAAUCAUCUCACCCAAUGCGCGUCCCGCGCCAUUGGGACGCGCGAUAAUACAAUGGUCAGCACAGCACGUCGGAGUGUACACGUACUGACAGAGCGCCCUGUACAGUCGGACGGAGAAGAGCCCACCCAGGAAGUCGCGGCCGCCGAUGAGGUCGAGGUCCCCGCCGAGGCCUCGGGCAAGUCCGGCAGCAUGUCCGUCCUCGACGCCCUCAAGGGUGUCCUCAAGAUCGCCCUCAUCCACGACGGUCUCGCCCGUGGUCUCCGCGAGGCCAGCAAGGCCCUCGACCGUCGCCAAGCCCACAUGUGCGUGCUGAACGAGGCAUGCGAAGAGGAGGCCUACAAGAAGCUCGUCGUUGCCCUGUGCGGAGAGCACAACAUCCCGCUCAUCAAGGUGCCCGAUGGAAAGCAGCUGGGAGAGUGGGCAGGUCUCUGUAAGUCUCCUGCCAAUGCUUCACAGGCCUUACUACAUGCGAUGGAUCACUAACACUGCACUGCACAGGCCAGAUUGACCGUGAGGGUAACGCACGCAAGGUCGUCAACUGCUCCUGCGUCGUCGUCAAGGACUGGGGUGAGGAGUCACAGGAGCGCUCCAUCCUGCUCAACUACUUCUCCACCGAGCAGUAA